UCCCCCGCGCGCCGCGCGCCGCUGAAAUCCUCUCUCAUUUUCCCCGAGAAAAUCACCCACCAUGGCGGAGGAGCAGAUGAAGGAGGCGGCGGCCUCCGGCAUGCCGUUCCAGCUGCAGUUCGACAAGCCCAUCCCCUUCCAGAUAAAAUUGGCAGAGUGGAACCCAGAGAAGGAUCUGCUUGCUAUGGUUACUGAUGACUCCAAGGUUCUCCUGCAUCGCUUCAAUUGGCAACGGCUGUGGACUAUAUCCCCCGGGAAGUGCAUCACAUCAAUUUGCUGGAGCCUUGAUGGUAAAAUAGUAGCACUUGGUACAAAAGAUGGUUUUGUUCUUUUGCAUGAUGUUGAGAAUGGGAAGAUGUUACGAAGUAUAAAAUCUCAUGAUGUUGCCAUUGUAUGUCUGAAUUGGGCAGAAGAUGAACCGCUAUCAAGGACUGACAAGGCAGGCUUGUUAUCUUAUGAAGACCACACUACACGUUUCUUUCCUCCUGCUCCCGUGAUGCCUAGGAUAGGUGGGCUCAAUUCGGGAGAUACUGGUCUCGCGGAUGAUAAUGAAGAAGCCAUUCAGGAAUUUUCAAGUGCUUCGUGUCAAUGUUUUAAUAUUCUGGGCACUGGUGAUAAAGAUGGUUGCAUUUGCUUCAGUAUUUUUGGAAUAUUUCCAGUUGGAAAGAUAGCCUGGUGGGAGAAGACCUUCUCCUUCUCGCGCAGCGACGGCACACAGCCCCUCGCCUUCCGCUUCGUCUUCGUCGCCGGCAAGCUGCAGAUUCAGGAGGAGGACAACCUCCGCCCUGUUCCUGAAUUCGGCCAAACCCAGAUCUUGGUCUAUGUCCACUCAUGUCAUCAUUGCAUCACCCCUUGGGGGAAGCCCCAGCCACGCCAUCCUGGCAAAAGGAGUACAUGCUUGACAGCCAAGCCAACACAUUGCCAGCUGCUGGAGGAGGAGGAUUACCGGGUUCUUCUCCAUUCGGGUUUUUCCCUCUGCAGUCGAACCUCAUGGAGAACAGGUCGCUGGUGCCGCCGCCCAUCCGGCAGGUCAAUUUCUUUUGACCGAAAGAAUAAUUAUGAUCUCCCGACGUUUAACAGUAGCAAUAGAUCAUUAUCAUCCAGCGUGUGUGUGUGGAGUUAUAUUUUAUAUGAGUGCUAGGCUCGAACAAUAAGCCGCCGCGGCGAGGCGACGAUUCUACUUCAGCAAUAGCAACCUCCUCCACGAUGGUCUUCGUCAAGCGAUGAUCGAUGUACGAAUUCUCCACUGUUUUGAUGGUCAUGUUCCUUUGCUUUGUGUGGUUUUAAUGCUAAUUUUGGAGGUUCGGAAUUGGGAAUUGGCGAGCUUGGUUCUCAUAUCAUUCUUCUCCUAUCUACAUUUGUCUCGAUGCAUCUACCUAUAUCAUGAUGUCAUGAGCCUGCUGUAGACAUAGAUAUGAGGUGACUGAUGAUGAUGUUAUGCAUGACUUUUAAACGCUACAUGUGUGGCUCCCAAAUUGGAUCAUAUCUUCCGGCGAGAAUCUUCAAGUAUAUGGCCUUUGCUUUGUGUGGUCCUGUCUGCUAUUUAGAGUUCCUUGGCUUCGAGGAGGAUCAUAAUAUCUUCAAAGGCGCCAACAAGGAGAAUAAGCCAGGACGCUAUCACUACUGAAA